AUGGAUAUGUACACUAUUGGGAGAACUUUUUCAAGCUCCGACAUCACCUCAAAGAGGAAAUUUACGACACGUGCUUUCGUUGAUGAUCGAGGCGCGUCCGUUGAGCACCUCUCCACCUCGAUUUCUAUGAGCGGAAGCAAGCGCGCUCACGACGAGAACCUACCAGCUACUCCACAGAACCGUUCCUUUACAUUUGUCGAUGGCUUCGCACCCAAAAAACCGCGUCUUUCUGCCAAGAACGCCCGCCAGUUUACCUCUCAAGAAAUACAGAACAUUCAACGAGAUCGCGAAGCCCAACGGCUAACGCAAGCGAGGGAGAAGGAAGAGUUGGUGGCUAGGAAGAAGGAGGAGCUUGAUGUUGAGCAGCUGAGAGUGGUUUGGCAGAGUAUCCGAGAUAUGGCCAUCGAUUGGGCCCUGAGUACUACCGCUGAACGUAUCGAAUCCGAGUGGAAGGUCCUCGUUAGGGAGUUCCAACCUGGCCAGGGUGCUCCGAUUACGGACAUUCUCGCGAGGUUCUCACUGCAGCGGGUUCUUGCACAAACACAGGUUCUUGCCCCGACACUAUACGACCUUUUACAGCGGGUCAGUGGAUCACACGAGUCCACUUCAGUACAUAAGGACCGCAACCUGAUAGUGGCAACUACAAUUUGCAUGCUCGUCAAGUCACGCAAUGACCACGCGUCCGAGUUCCAAACGACGACGUGCAUGUAUUUUCUCGCAUGCGGCGCGUCACGGUCACUUUUCGACGUUCUCAACCACGCCGGUCUCACCCUUUCCUAUACGCAGGCUGUUGCUAAACUCAAGCAGCUCGGGGCAGAGCGUCUUGAGGAAAUGCACACCGUUUCACAUACCCAGGCUGUGAUGAUUAUCUGGGAUAAUCUGAACAUCGCCUUCAAUGUGACGGAACAACGUCAUGAUUCGAAGGCACAUUUUGACAACGGGACGACAGCCACCCUCAUCCCCCUUUUCGGGGUCGAGUUCCCCACAUAG